GCACAGGGAGGUGCUGAAAGGUGCUGAAAUCUAUUUGCACCCCAUUCCACGUGAUUGGCACAGCUUGACAGUGAUUGACAGGAAUUCAUGGCAACUACGCAAUCAAUCUGCCAGGUCCAAUAGAAAAUCAGACAAGGACAGGGCGUCUUUUCCCCCUCCUCAAAAAUAUCGCCGCUGCUGCGCUAUAUUCUCGCUCACUCCAGCUCUCCAUAUCGCCUUCCGAGGCUGAGACAGUCGGCCAAGUGUGGCACCAUCCAUCUCUCUCAUCUCAGCAUCCUCUAACGGCUCGUCUCCUCUCUCCGCCAUUGCGUUUCUGCCUGUCUGCGUUGGAGAGGGAGAGAGACGAAGAGGCACCAUAACGCGACACAAGUGUGCGCGAGCACGCGAGACGGAGCACCUCGAGGCGGGGAAAAAGUGCAGCCUUCAUGUUUCAGUUGCCAAUGCUGAAUUUCAGCCCCCAGCAGGUAGCGGGGGUGUGUGAGACUCUGGAGGAAAGCGGCGACAUCGAGCGCCUCGGUCGGUUCCUGUGGUCGCUGCCUGUGGCGCCCGCCGCCUGCGAGGUGCUAAACCGGAACGAGUCGGUGCUGCGAGCGCGCGCCAUCGUGGCCUUCCACACCGGCAACUUCCGCGAGCUUUACCACAUCCUGGAGAACCACAAAUUCACCAAAGACUCGCAUUCCAAACUGCAAGCUCUGUGGCUCGAGUCGCACUACCGGGAGGCGGAAAAGCUCCGGGGCCGCCCGCUAGGGCCGGUAGAUAAAUACAGGGUGCGGAAGAAGUUUCCACUGCCCAAAACUAUUUGGGACGGAGAACAAAAGACGCACUGCUUCAAAGAAAGGACCAGACAUUUGCUGAGGGAAUGGUAUCUGCAGGACCCUUAUCCGAACCCGAGCAAAAAGAGGGAGCUUGCACAAGCCACAGGACUUACUCCUACUCAAGUGGGCAACUGGUUUAAAAACCGAAGACAAAGGGACAGAGCAGCAGCCGCGAAGAACAGGUUACAACAGCAGGUGUUGACUAACGGCUCGGUUACGGCGGAGGACGGCGCCGCGGACCGGCUCGGUAACGCGUCCAGCCCGGAAGCCGGUCUGUCAAGCCAAGCUGCUGCUUCCGCCAUCUCCAUCACGUCGAGUGACAGCGAAUGUGACAUCUAACGCCGCGGCGCGAGCCUCCCCGCGGGAUCACCACGCAGAAAUUAACACAUUAACGAAGGAAUUGGAGACAGACAAUCAUCAAGACAAACAAGCACAUCGGUGCCUGCCUUAACGUAUUACAGGCUAUGUUUCUGUUGUUAUUGGAUGGCUGUCAAAACAGCCAGAGAUAAACGGAAUGCUCUAUCUUUAAAAAUGUAUUUAUCUUUUUUUCUUUCUUUUUUUUUUUUCCAUAACCAAGUGUGAAAUACACGAAGAGAUUCGGGGGAAUAGAUAGAGAGAGAAAGAGAGAGAGAGAUCCUCCUGUCCGUGUUCAGAUUACAUUAAGGGAAAUCGGAUACAUCGGAGAAAUAUGAACAACGCAAAACAACCACCUUUUUGUUUGCUUUCAGAAGGACUUCAUGUUGAGUCGACAUUUUUUUCUAAGAUGUUUAAGUAUUAAAAUUCGUGGCUCUAAUAGAAACGUUGAUUUGCUUGCUUAUUUCAAGUCCGGUCGUUUUUGGUGUAAAUCGUUGGGCUUUUAGAGUGCGAUGAAUAGUGGACAUAUGUUUGAAUUAAUUAAGGACGUUAAGUUAAUAAAA